CUGUUAUUGACGAGCUCAUCACUUCAAAUGAAACUACGUCAUCGUACUAUAAACAUCUUGAACGCAACGAUCUGGCUAUUCUGGCGGAAAUCUUGGUAUGAAGAUUACCGUCUCGGAACCAGAAACGUUCACCACGCACAUACUUAGCAGCGAAUUCGGGAUUGACCUUUGCUUUUGCUUGUUAUAUGUGUGCACCAUCGUAUAUUUUGAAUGCUAUUUCCUCAGCUCUGUGGUAUCGAACGCGAGCCAUGACCUCUUGCUCGCCUUGUUGGAGUACAGUACGGGUCCACAGGGCGCGGCACGCAAACUAUAUAUACCUCUCAUGCAAGCAUCGCUUAUAGGCACUAGCAAUCGACUGAUUGCAGGAAGCUGCCACAUACCAAAACGAGUAGUGAAUCGGUAUAGGGCCUACGCAGACCAACCCUAUUAUAUCCAGGCUGUAUGACCCAGCAGCUUCUGACAUCAUGGGUGACUUCCUC